CAAUCAGUCCACUAAACGCAAAAACGACACCGUUAGCCGGAAAUUACAACAAAAGCACCACUAUAAAUUCCCGGCGAAGUUAUUCUUUCUCCUCUCCACUCCUUCGUGGCACACUCAUCACAACUUCAACUAUCUUCUCUCGGAGGAUUCAGGCGUUUUUCUGUUGAAGUUUUCGGAUUUUUGAAGAUGAAUCAAUUGUAUCAUCAGAAGAACGCCUUUGUCGCGCGUGAGGAGACGCGCGGUUUUGAAUUCUCUGAUCAGAGGGAGUCUGUUGUUUGUCCGAAGCCCCGACGAGUUGGGAUUUUGGCGAGUAAUUGUACUAGGCCCUUUAGAUGGCAAUUGAGUCAUCCAGUUGGGGUGUCUGAUUCAAACGCCGGGGCAGAGCUUCUAGACAUCAUUCUCAUGAAGGAGGGUUAUGGCGUGGAACAAACAGCAUCCCAGGUAGCAUCUUCGCCCCCGUAUUUUAGUGGGUCUCCUCCAAGUAGGGCUGCCAACCCUUUGAUUCAAGAUGCUCUAUUUGGAGAUGAAAAACUCACACCAUUGCAAGUGCCAGUAGUACCAUCCCCGUCUGGUUUACCAUCACCUUCAUCAUCAGCACGUAAGGCUGGAUGUACUAGAAUGAAGUUCGGGCUUAAACCAGCAACUGUUAGAGUAGAAGGAUUUGAUUGCCUUAACAGGGAUCGCCAGAAUUCCAGCAUCCCUGCUAUGGCCUAGAUUUCCAUAAAAGAAACUGUACAUAGAAGGAAGCUGAAUGUCAACAUAAUUCACAAGAGCAGCAGACCUAACAAGAAGAGGGAGUUUUGAAUAUUUUUGGAGAGAAUUAAGAUGAUGUGUUAAGUAGUGUAUAUAAAUCGAUAUGUGGUUUUUUUGCCAGUGAUCUAUCUCAUUGCUAAUGUCUCUGUAAGUAUUUCCGAUUGAACGGCAAACCUUGUGACUUGAAUAUGUUGGAGAGCAUGGUGCUAUAUGUAAUAUAUGAUAAAAGUGAUUAGUACUGGGAGGGUCUUUUCAUUUGUUUUGUGAACGAUCACCAUGGAAAGAAUUUGUAUAGAGUCUGUGGGUGAUUGAAAUUUGGUCAUUGACCCUGUAAAUGUAUUUUGGCAAUUGUUAAUGGCCUGGUUUGGUUCUAUCUUUUUCCCUCUGCCUGCUAUUUUGUUGCGUAUACAUAAAUGAAGAGAGUUGCUUUUUCGUGUUGCA